AUGCCAAAGGUAUUACAACAUGCUUCAACUUUGAUUAAAGGAUGUAAAGAAUUGAAUGUACCAAUUAUUGGAACAGAACAAUACCCACAAGGACUUGGACAUAUUGUUGAUGAGUUGGAUCCAAAGAGUUAUCCAAUCUUUUCAAAGACACUCUUUUCAAUGUGUACUCCUGAUGUACAAAACAAACUAAAAGAGUUUAGAGGAUUAAAGUCUGUCAUUAUCACUGGUAUUGAAACACAUGUCUGUGUACUUCAAACUACAUUGGAUCUUUUAGAAAGUGGUUACGAUGUACACAUUGUCGAAGAUGCUGUUAGUUCACAAAGAUUAAAUUCAAAAUUGGUUGCUCUUGAGAGACUUAAACAAUCAGGUGCAUUUAUUACAACUACAGAAUCGAUUCUUUUCCAACUAGCCAAAGAUGCCAAACAUCCAAACUUUAAAAAGAUUUCAACACUUGUUAAAUCACAUAAUGAUGCUGUUAAGAUGUAUAUUGAAGAAGAAAGAGAAAGAGAAGCUUCUCUAUCUGAAUGUAUACCAGAAUUUAAGAAUAAUAUUUAUAAAUCAAAAGAAUAUCCAAAUGGUUAUCAAUCAGCUGGUAUUCCAUCAAUAGGAAAGAAUGAAGGAAAACAUAUCCCAUUGUUAUUCACUCCUUUGAAAAUUAGAAAUGUUGAAUUUAAAAAUAGAAUCGUUGUUUCUCCAAUGUGCCAAUACUCAUCAACUGAUGGAUUUAUGAACGAUUGGCAUUUAGUACAUUUGGGAACAUUUGCAAAGGGAGGUGCUGGGUUGGUUAUGUUUGAGGCGUCGGGUGUUACUGCAAAUGGAAGAAUUACAGCAUUGGAUGCUGGUAUCUACAAGGAUGAACAUGUUGGUCCGAUGAAGAGAAUCGUUGACUUUGUUCAUCAGUUUGGUGCAAAGGCUGGUUUACAGAUUGCCCACGCAGGAAGGAAGGCCUCGACUUGUGCUCCAUUUCUCAAUACUAGUCGGUUACCUGCAAAUGCCGAACAGGGAGGAUGGACCAAUGUAGAUGCACCAUCACCCAUCCCAUGGGCUGAGACAUUCCCAAAACCCGCUGGCAUGACAAUCGAUGAGAUUCGAUCGAUGGAAGACAAGUUUGUAGAUGCUGCCAAACGAGCGGAGCAGGCUGGAUUCGAUGUCAUUGAAAUUCACGCUGCUCAUGGCUACCUCAUCUCUGAAUUCCUUUCGGGUACAUCCAACAAACGUACAGACGACUAUGGUGGCAGUCUUGAAAAUCGUAGUCGAUUCCUAUAUGAAAUUGUCAGAAAGAUUAGAAAGGUGUACGAUGGUGUACUGUUUGUUCGUAUCUCUUGUAGUGAAUGGGUUCAAGAAGAGGGUGCUUUCACUCCAGAGGACAGUAUUCCAUUGGCCAAGAAACUCAAAGAGUUGGGUGUCGACUUGUUGGACUGUUCCUCUGGAGGUAACAAUCCCCGUCAACAUGUUGUCGCCAAACCACUCUACCAAGUUCCCUUUGCAGACCUUGUCAAAAAGAAUGUACCCAACUUUUUGACAGCUGCAGUUGGUCUCAUCGAGACAGCCGAAGAAGCAGAACAAGUAUUACAACAGCAAUCAGCUGACCUAGUCAUGUUGGCCCGUCCAUUCCUUCGCGACCCAUUCUGGCCUGUACGUGCUGCCAUCGAACUUGAUAUCUCUAUAGACUAUUGUUUACAAUAUCAAAUGGGUCAACCUAGACCUCAUGGUCAAGCUGGUGGUAUCCCAAGAUAA